AUGUCAAGAAAGAAGGUCAAACUCCAAUGGAUUGCCAACGACGCCGCCAGAAGGGCCACCUUCAAGAAGCGGCGAAAGGGCCUGCUGAAGAAGGUGCAAGAGUUGAGCAUCCUCUGCAACAUCAAGGCCUGCAUGGUCGUCUACGGCCCUUAUGACCCUCAGCCGGAGGUCUGGCCCAGCGGCGGCGACGAGGCGGCGGCGCUGCUGCGAGGCUUUCGCCGUCUGCCGGAGCACGAGCAGAGCCGCCGCAGGCUGGACCAGGAGGGCUUCCUCCGCCUUCGUGCGGAGAAGAUGAGGGAGCAGAUAGAGAAGGAGAAGAAAGCUUCCAGGGAGCUCCAAGUAGAGCUCCUCUUCGCCCACUGCCUCAACGGAGCCCGCAAGGUGGAGGAUCUCCCCAUGGAGGAGACCACCGCUCUCGCCUGCCUUGUAGAGAUGAAGCUCAAGGAGGUCAAUGCCAAGCUCGACUCUCUACGCGGCCAGCAGACGAACUCCACCGGCGGCGGCGCUUUGGCUUCUCCUAUUGUGGCGCCGCUGCAGCCUUUACCGCCCGUUGACUUCCUCCCCGAAGGAGGAGGAGGAGCCUGCCAGAGGCUGCCGGAGUUGUACAUGGCGGCGGCGGAAGGAAUGAGGAGGCCGGACUGGAUCAUGGAGAUGAUGGUUCCUUACAGUCAUCUGUUCUAUGACGGCAACUACUCGGCUCCGGCAUUAAUGGACGACGGCAGGAGCUCGUGGACGAUCGAUCCUUACUUUCCCUUCCACUGA